GUGUUUUGUGUGGGAUUUGGGCAAUUUGGGACGGUUUCGUGUUUGCUGGCAUCCUCAUUCGCUGCAAAUUUAUCAGGGUAAAGCCUAGUGUGAGGUGGUCCAUUUUGGUCAGUAGAGGUCACCGCUGCUGAAGCCAUGAUGGCAGACCUACACUCAUUGAUUGUUCAAGAGAUUCCCAAGGGGAGACAGGACCUGAUUGACAGCCACACAAACUUGGAGCGUGUCGCAGAGUACUGUGAGGCCAACUACAUCGAUUCGGAAAACCGUCGCGGAGCUCUCGAAGAAACAAAGAACUUCACCACCCAGAGUCUGGCCAGUGUGGCCUACCAGAUCAACACACUGGCGUACAACUUCAUACAGAUGCUGGACUUGCAGCAGCAGCAGAUCUCUGACAUGGGCAGUCAGAUCACAAACAUCGCGCAGACGGUAAUGGUUCACAAGGAAAAGGUGGCCCGGCGCGAGAUUGGUGUGCUCACCACCAACAAAACGUCCACCCGCCAGUUCAAAAUCAUCGCCCCCGUCAACCCCGAGCGGCCCAUCAAAUAUGUGCGCAAACCCAUCGACUUUGGAGCGCUGGACGACAUCGGCCAUGGUGUGCGAGUGCACGGCGGCUCGGCCGGCAUGGCGCGGCCGGUGCGCCAGAACUCGACCUCCUCACAGGGCUCGUCGGGAGCGGCGUCCGCCGGCGGCGGUGGGGUGUACGCCAGCGGUCCGGCGCCCACCACCAAGCCGCCGACGCCGCCGCAGCCGGCGCGCUCGGCCAGCACGCUGAGCAGGAACAACAAGGAGUACCGCACGCCGCCGGCCAUCGCGCCGCCGCAGGUGCCCAGCAACUACGCCGUCAACUACCCGAUGGGCCACCCGCGCCGGCAGGAGGCGGGCCGCGCGCCCGGCUACUCGGCCGUGCCGCGGCCGGCCGGACCGCCGCCGGCCAGCCCGGCGCCCCAGGUCGGCAUGGUGCACCCCAUGCACCACGAGCAGCCGACGGCCGCGCCCGGCGCCGGAGGCGAGAGCAUCUACCGGUCCCGCAGCCAGCGAGGCAGCGAGAACGGCGAGCCGGCCUACCGGCCCGGCAUGAGGAUGCCGUCCUCGUCCGGCAUGUCAGUGAGCGCGGCGUCUACUGGCGGACGCAGCAGCACCUCCAGCAUUCAGUCCUACGGCGGGAUGUCGGCUACGCUGCCCGGUAUGCCGCCGGCCUCUGCUCGCAGCUCGGGCACCAGUAUUCACUGUGAGUGGGCCGCUCCGGCCGCGGUGGGGAAAGAACCGUGAUACAUUCUGGUGGGUUUGGAGUGCAUGGGUGGUGGCGGGGGCUAAUGGGCGCGAAUCGUUGCUAGGGUCAGAGGUUGUCUGCCUGCAGUGUGCCGAUAGCUUUAUUGCCAGCUCCAUCAGUUGCGAAUGGAAGCUUUGUUUAUUUAUUGUUAGGUCAGAACGUUGGUAAGGGUUACUGCUACGUAAUGAACAGCUUUCGUCUGGCUUUCGAUACUGCAUUUUUCGAGCUGCAUUAUGCAUAUGCAUUGCUAUUGGGCAAUCAUGAGAGCUGGAUGAUGGUGUCAGAUCAGGAAUCAGUCUGAACUCAGCUACCGCUGCUUUCUGCUGUGUUGGGUGACGGGACACCCCCGCCUAGGUCGACCGACUAUCACCCCUCCCUGUGGAUGGUGUGCGGUAUGACGGUGACUUAGUCCCGCUAUCCAAUUCCGCGGUCUUUUCUUUCGGUAACUUGCUUACCGCCUUGAUCUGUCCUGAUUUCCGAUUAUAGCUGGGGCAUUCCACGAUAGAUCGACCAAAGCCGUACACCCUCAUAUUUUAUUUUUUGCUUAAAAUUGGUCUAAUGGGUUGUGAUGGGCGGGGAAGCCAGCUGUGCCAAGGAUUUUUUUCUUCGAACAACGGUUUCCGAGAUAUAGCCUCAGGCAAUUCCUGGAGGUCACGCUGCAACCCUAUGUUUGGCGGCUUAUAACUCAGAAACUAUUGGUUUUCUAUGGUAAAAACUUAAUAUGGUUCAACUCGCAAUCAACCAACAAACGUUUUGGCUAUCUCGGAUUUUCGAUUUUUGAAAAUUUUGAUCACGUGACAUCUUGACCUUUUUUUCGAAGAGUGACCUUGAUAUUUUCCCAACUGAAAGUCGCAAUUAUGUCUGAUGACGAUUAAAGCCUUAUCAAUUGUCAUUCAUAUGCGCAAAUAAAAAAGUGGCUUUCGGCCUGCGUUGACCUCAGGUCAGGUCAUUUUUAUGACCUGUCCAUUAUUACGAGCGAGAGCGACGCGAGAUCUCGAUAAUAAAGCAAGAUAGCGACAAGCGGUAAACGGUACAGGAUUCACACGGAUAAGAGAGAGAGAGAGAGAGAGAGAGAGAGAGAGAGAGAGAGAGAGA